AUGACGACACGUGCGGCUCCAUCGCAGGCCGUGCAGCACCAUCCACCGGUGAACAUGGAUUUAAUUUACCAUCAGACCAUCAUCCCAACGCAGAAAAUCACGCACUGCGCCGUCGGCACCUUUACCCUUCCCGGUGCCACGGACUUUGCGGUGGUGCGGCACGACACGCUUGAGCUGUGGACGCUGCACGUGGACCGCAAUGUUGCGGAGUGUGUUCACAGCACGCGGCUCUUUGCGAAUGUGUACCAAGUCGCGGCGGUGCCCACCGUCGCCGCCGCCGGACGUGGCUCGGCAGGCAUUCUUGACACGCCCUCCAACGAGAGUGCGGCGAUGCACCGCCUUGCCGUGACGUCGGAGACGGGCUGUCUGGUGCUACUGCGGUACGACCUCGACGAGUUGCCCGUGCCGUCGCGCCUCGCGCAGGACCCAACGAGCAGCAGCGAGCACCCCAACGACAACAACAACGACGAGGACGAGAACGCCACCAUGGGCCUGCAAAACACGUUUGUGCCAACCUCAUUGCGGGGGAAGUUUGUUCGCGUCAGCGAGGUGGCGCUUGGCCGGAGUGGGGCACGCAUCACGGUGCCGGGGCCACGCCUGGCGGUGGACCCACUUGGGCGGGCCGUGUUUGUUGCAGCGUUGAUGCGGCUAAAAGUACUCGUCCCGCUUCGCAAGCAUGAGGGGUACUACACCCAGCACGGCAGCGGUGGCACGCUGCAGGAUGUCGGCGAGGAUGAGCUGCUGACGUCGUCAUCGCCGUCACCGCAUGGCACAGCUGCCGGGUCGGAGGGCACCGUAGCGUCAACAAAGCGACGGCCUGCGAUACGGGACAUCAUCUCGUUUGGCUCCCCUGUUGAGGCACACCGUCAGACGAUCAUUUUCUCUAUCUGCGCCUUGGAAGGGGUGACAGAGAAUGCCACGUUUGCAACGCUAGAGCAAGAGAUACAUGAGACGCAGUCGGCAGCAAGGGAUGAGCCUGGGCCUGCCGCCGCUACCUCCAACGUGGGGGCUGGGAAGGCCUUUUUGCGCCUCAACCCCGGUGUCGCGUCGUCAUCGCAGGGGGGCGGCGUUAGCAGUCGAUCGAAGCAGCUGGUGGUGUACGCCUUUGUGGCAGGGCUGCAGCAGGUGCAGCGGACCCACCUUGUCUCCGUCCCGGCGACGGCGCAUCGUCUCAUUGCGGUGCCCGCCGCCCCCUUUGGCCCCGGCGGCGUCAUUGUUUGCACCGAUGCGGAACUCAUCUGGUACGACUUACUCCCCCAGCUCCACGGGGACGGCAUCCUCGGCAGCAGCCUGUCCGAGUUCAACCUGCCGCUGCCGCCGCCAGGUCUCUCCGCCGUCUCGCUGUUUAAGACAGCCGCGCCGUUUCCGCGACGCAACGACUUCCGUGAGCAGCUGUACGACCCCAUGAUUAUUUCGCACGCCAUGACAUGCGUGCGCAAUGACUUCUUUAUGUUGUUGCAGGAUGAUCAGGGGGACAUGUUUCGCGUUAGUCUCACCGUGAUGGAUGUGCAGCGCUCCUACGACGCGCUGCGCAUGCGGCAGCAGCAGCAACGCAUGGGCGCUGCCGCCGCUGCGGUGCCGCCUGUCACCGUCCCCUCGCCACUGACCGUGUCCUAUUUUGACACACUGCCGCCGACGACGGCCAUGGUGCUCUUCCGUCGCGGCUUUGUCUUCGCCGCGAGUGAGUCUGCCCCCACGCAUGGGCUGUAUAAGAUUGUUAAGGACGGCUACCGCACCGACGCGGAGUACAUCCUGUCAAGGAUGCGGAUGGUGGAUCAGCGGCACGGCGGCGGCAGCGGCCGCCGCCCCGACGACGGAUACGAAGAGGACACCAAAGGCGGUGUUUCGCCGCCGCUGCCGCCGCCCCCUCCUUCUGCGGGCGCCGUGGAGGAGGAGGAGGAGGACGGCACGGGCGUGUCUGCAGGGAUGACGCUGAUGCCGCCGCCACUGCCCAAAGUGCCCGCAGUCUCUCUUCCCCCACCUUCCUCCUUGCACAAGUCGUCACAACAGCAGCCAAAGGGUCGUGUGGUUCCACUUUUCAUUCCUCAUUCUGCGCUGCGGCACAUGGUGCUGCUGGAAACCUAUCCGAGCACCCCUGCGAUAACAUCCCUCGUCGUGACGAUUCCACAGCACACGCAGGAUACAGAAAGUAAUAAGGAGCAACAAUACCAACACCAACAACAGCAACCGCAUGUGCAGAUUGAGGCGUUAGUGGGACGCGGCUCCGACAGUGUGUUGCUGCAUGCACGCUAUGGGUAUGCGGCAAGGCUGGAAAGCUCCUUUACAUUACCGGCUGUGUUUACCCACUUGACCCCGUUGGGCUCUGCCACGGCGAUGCAGCAGCGAUGGCGCGAGAUGCAUCUGGAGGCGAAGAAGCGAUCCAGUGGAGGGAGAUACCGCACCACAGCAAAGCGAACCUCCCGCUUCACAAGCAAUCUUCUAUGGGAUGAUAAGCUAAUACUCUCAACACGGCAAGGCACCACCGUGCUCUCGCUCGCACUUACGGGGCAGGUGGAGCCCGACACACUCUCCGGUUUUAUUACCUCCGAGCACACCAUUGCAGCAGGGACCCUGCAACGCGGCGUGGGAUAUGUUCAAAUCACACCGAGUUGCAUUGUUGUGCUUCCUCAGCGCAUUGAACAGCAGCAGCAGCAGCAGCAGCAAAGCCCCACGGUAACGACGCCUGUGGCGGAGAGUGUUACGUGGAUGCACCCUCACGGCAAGCGCAUCCUCGCCGCCGCUGUCUCUGGAAAUACGAUGGUAGUCUCCUUUGCUCAGGGCGGAGGCAUCGCCAGCUUUGAUAUGGGAAUGCGGGGGACGCGACUACAACAGCUGGAGGCCAUCCCGUCUUUUCCGCACACACCCGCAAUAUCUCUUCUACGAGACCCAGACAGCGAGUCAAAGCUGUUCACCGCGUCCGUGCACGGUUCUUUUGCAGCAUCCGCAUCGUCGGCAGCGACAUUGGCGGCCAUUGCCACCGCAAGCCAUGAGGUCUACAUUGUGAACCCUAAACGGUUGCGGGAACCGUUGGAAACCAUUCGCUGCGCCACCGAUGACGCGAGCGGUGGUGGUGCCCCGCCGGCGAUUGUCUCUGUACUUUUAACCUAUCUUGGAAGGACAGGUGGGAUGCGACGCCUCUUCUGUUUUAUUGGUCACAUGGAUGGCACGGUUACACGCUGCGAGCUGGACACGGCAACGUACAAGGCCAUGGACCGGGCAGUUCUGACGUGCGGCAGUGCACCUUGUCAGAUGAUUUCCGGCGAUGGGGAGCGGGCGUGCUAUGUGCUAUGUGGGGAGUUUAACUGGCGAUGUGAGGUGCGUGACGGGCUACCCAAGACCGUCCCGUGGCGCUUCCCAUCACCGCAGGUGAUGUACGCCUCCUUCCGUCGACCACCGACCUCGAGUGUGACCACGGCGGCCACCACUGAAAUGGAGAUGCCAACAGGGGCGCAGGAGGAGUUGGUGCUGGGGGUUGCAGGGAAUACGCUGUCGUUGUUCGCUGCCCAGCAGAGUGGUGGGACCAGCACGGCAGAGACGUCGCUGGAGUACAGCUUUGGCCACACCCAACUCUCCGUGGCGGGGCGGCGACUGCUGCAGCACCCCACGCGAACGGAGUAUUUGAUUGUGAUUGGCACGGAGCACCGUGGGUACGGCGUCGCCGCGCUGCGACGGGCGACCGCCGCGGCUGAACAGCAACGCCGACGUCAAGGCAACACGACAGAGGAUGGAAAGGGCAAUACAACUAAUAAUGAUAACACGGCCAACACAAGCAACACUAGUGGGGGUGGAAUUGCGCUGGACAAACCGCAGCGAUCGUUGAACCACGCGGACCACUAUGUCAGCACGCUGCAGCUAUACAACAGGCGCACGGACCGACUAGAUCCGCCCUUGUACUUUCAAGAGCGUGAGGCAGUGCUCUCCGCCGCGGUUGGGAGUUUUGUGAAGGACUUUGGGAAGGAACCGGUGGUGGUGGCUGGCUGCGCGGAGCAGUACACGCAUGGAAGCGGCUGUGGUGUUGGCCCCGCGUGGACGCAGGGCCGUCUUCGCGCGUUCCGCUUUGUUGUGAGCCAAACCAGUAUGCCGGGGGGCGCUGGCGCGCCGAUGCUGCGCCUUGAGCAGUUGCAUGACACACUUAUUGCGGCGGCAGAAGCAGGCGGUGAGGGUGGUGCUGCAGGCGGAAGCGCCGUUGUCGCUGCUUCCUAUCGGACGGCGCCGCUUAUGGAUUAUCCCUCUGCGCUGCACAUUUGCCCAGAGGUGGGGCUGUUAAUUGUGGGGCUGGGGCCUGAGAACGGGCUUCAGGUGUACGCGUGGGGACAACGCCGCUUCCUGCGCAAGCGAGGGCUUUCAAACGUGCCGAGCCGUAUCACGGCAAUUGAGACCGUAUUCGUGUCCCCGCCCGGGGCGACGUCUUCCACCGUGUCGGCGUCGUGCUCAGCGCCGGACCUCUUCCGCUGUGGGCCCAACAGCAGCAGCAUUGCGCGCGACAAGCGUCUUCUUAUCAUAUGCGGUACUGUCAAUCAGUCCGUCUUCAUCGCGACCGUACAGCCGGGCAGUGGUAUGGCAGGUUCCAUGUCCUUCCUGACGCUCAUCGCCCGCGACGCAGUCCCACGUAGCGUGACGAGUAUCGUGUGUGUAGACGAGCGCACCAUCGCCGUGGCGGAUCGCUUUGGCAGUGUUGCCUUUUUGCGUCUCCCGCGCGACGCGCGUCUCGGAUUUGCAGAGCCGCUGCAUCACAUGAGUGAUGCCGAGCUGACGGAGGCGGGGCGGUACGCGGCCCAAGAGCAGGUUCUGCAGGAGAUUGCUGUGCACCACACCGGGCAGCUCGUCACCGCGUUACGGGUGCACGACUACGACCCGAGCGGCGGCGCAGAUCCGUCGCUGGCGCUGCGCAUCGUCUUCUACGCCACCUCUCUCGGCACUGUGGGGGCCUACACACCGUUUGUGCGGGAGGAGGACGCUGCCUUGGCAGCGCACCUGCAGUCUCUCAUCGCCGUCCACAUCCGCUGCCCGCUGCAGGAUGGCAGCGGCCACCUCCCGUACAACGCCGGCGGCCGCCUCACCGCCACCGCCGCGGCGGCCGUGUCACCGUCCCUCGUGCACAACGUCGUGGAGGGCGACCUGGCGCAGCUCCUGCUGCACGCCUCCACGUCACUCUUCUCAACAGAAGCGAAGACCGACGUGGAGGCGGAGCUCGCGCGGCGCGAGCGCGUAGAGGCGGCGCAGCGGAAGGUACUUGGGCUGCCGCCCCGCACGUGGCCGGCGCUCGCGGAGCUGGUCGCGAAGCACCGCGCCCUCGUCACCCUUCCGCCGUAG